UCUUGCCUGAGGCAGCCAGGCUUGAAGCUUGAACCCACAUCUCGAACGUGGAAGUUGGAAGAAGCGAAGAAGCAGCCAAUCUCUAUCAUUGUUGAUACAGUAAGCUGUUGGUAUUCAAAAGCCGCACAGCUGCAUCAUUGUAUCAGAGGAGAUGAAGGCUCGAUUGUUAAGCCCAGACGAUGUGGACGCCGUGCUGGAGUUGAUUUCAAACAGCCACAACCAUGAAAACCGCAACCGCAAUGCUGCCGAGAAUGACAAUACUGCAUUGGAGAUCAACUUUGGUGUUCCAGGACAACCCCCCAUUCGCAUUACGUCUCCUGAUCAAUUGCGUACUGCGAUUCCCACAGGAGGAGAGAAUAAUGGACACUUUGAGUUGGAACUUGACUUUGGUGAAUUGAUCCGACGCACUUUGGACUACGAGGCCUGUCAAAUCGAUGCGGCACGCUUGGCCGAACUGCUCCGGCACAGUUCGGCACUUUUAAAUGGAAACAAAAUGACACAUUUGACGCUCAACAAAUUGGAUUUGCGACAAUCGCUGGAUGCUUUUUGGAAUGUGUUUGGCCAGGACUGCUGCUCCCAAUUACGCCAUGUGGUGGCCAAACAGUGCCUUUGGGACAUGAAUCAGUGGGUCCAACAAGGAUUGAUUCGGGUGCCACGGCUUCAGAGUCUGCAUCUGGGACGCUUCAUGGGGGUGGCUCCGGCACCCCCGAGGCUGACACUUCCAAAUAUAUCAUCUUUGUUACAGCAGAAAAGAAACACAAUUCAAGAGUUGAAUCUGGGUUUUGUCAAGGUACCAUCACCCAAUUCCAUUGUGGACUUUUGCGUUGCCCUUGGUCAAUGUUCCACAUUGCGGCACCUAUCUUGUGACAACAUGGUUGGCAGCAGCUAUGGACCUUCUGCUCUUGAUGACGACGUUUAUAUGAUAUCUGCGGAACAAAUCCAUCAAACGAUUGGGCAAACCAUCGCUCAAGCCACAACAUCACUGAAAGAAUUGACAUUGCCUGUCCUGGGCAAAGGAUCACUGGAACCCAUUGCACAUGGGUUUGGCUCGGAAUGUUGGAUUGAAAAACCUUCGAUUGCAACCUGUUACGGAUCACCACUGGCAAGUGAAGAUAGAAGGGGGGCAUGAACACCCAGAAGUCAUGGCGUUGCGUGAUGCUGCAGCGGUAAAUCUGACAUUGCAGAGAUUUGAAUUCCAAAGACUCGGCCCUUGGGGGCGAAACCUUUCCACAGAACACUAUGAUUGGCCUCGCGACAUGGACAAGAAAAAAGACCCCAACCGAUUGGCUCUGGCGCAACUCCAGUUCUAUCUUCAUCUAAACCGACUCGGAAGACGUCCAUUCCUGACCCAAUCUUCCCAAAGAACAACAACACGAGCUGACUGGAUAAACAUGGUGGUGAAACAUCGCAAAAAUGAAUCUGUCACAUUCUAUUUCUUGCGGUUGAAUGCAUCCCUCUUUUUUGUUUGACUGAGGUAUUUGUUCUGGGUGUGGCGGUGAUGUGUGACGGUUCUAACUAACACAAUAAUGAUUCAAGACCAUGCUCGAGUCUUGUCAGUGAUUUGAUUUGACCGCCUCCUUUCUCAGUAUUGGUUUUUGGUUGCUAGAAAGGCACUCGCUCGACAAAGCCUUGCUGGACCAGAGGUUGGUCUCAAUGUGGGCCUCGGACCUGGACUUACCUAGUCAUGACAAAGUCAACAGUCGGAAUGAUUCAAUAUAGGCUUAGCUAGCCGCUCACCUCUCUGUGUCUUUGUACUUAUAUGUUACCGGUGGGGACGACCAAUUUAGCUCGCCCACACUUCCUGCACAAACUAGACCACGUAACCAAUGAACUCUGUUCACGUACCCGCCCUUUUAAAAAGCGACGAAAUGAAAUGGAAUGGAAUGCACGUUAUAUAUAUUAUUUGCAUUGAAACAAGAGUGCCUUUUUCCUUCCCAGCGCCGCUGCUUCCUUACUGGCGGUCCGUCGAAAGAACAUGGCCCGUGCCUGGGCGGCUGCUUCGGCACUGGAUUGUCGUCGAAGGGCUCUAUGUUGUGCCGCAUUGGCAACUUCAACACUGACCUGUCGUUGCAAGGCGCUCGAGUGUGGAUUGCGUCUUUGGCGGCUUGUCGUCGUCGUUGUUGACGGUUGGCAGCGGCAUUAGCGACUUCUAAGCUGACCUGUCGUUGCAAGGCUCUUGACUGUGAAUUGCGCCGAGGUGCGGCUUGUUGUCGUCGUUGUUGACGAGUGGCGGCCGCAUUGGCCACUUCAACACUGACUUGUCGCUGCAAAGCGCUAGCAUGUGGAUGCGUUCCUUGCGGCUUGUCGUCGUCGUUG